AUGACUGCCAUACAUGGCAACAGCAAUGGCAACCCCUGCCCUAGCGGAGCCCAAGCACGCGAGGCCGGCGGGACUGCCAACAGCACCACCGAACCAAGCAAUGCAAUAGCGACUGGGGCCGUAGCAGUGAUCACUUCGCGAGCUAUUGCCACUGUAGACGACGUACCAGUCGUUGGGAAUUCUCACCUCCACGACCUGCUGUAUGCGAAACCGCCGCCGCCGCCGCCGCCGCCGGUGCCCGCAGGGCUACCGCCCGCAGCAGCUGACACGGUAGCGGCUCGCCCGCGCACGACCCCCACCCUGCUGAUAUGGGUUGGAAGUCUGCCGCCGUUGCGGAAUUUCGCGCCGCCACCCGGCGCCAGCCCCCCAUGCUCCCCAAGCUCAGGUGCUCUGCCAGCAGCAGCGGACGAGCUGCAGACGCGGGACGUUUGCUGCUCCUCCGGCGGCGGCGACGGCGGCGACGGCGGUAUCCUGCCGGCGGCGGCGGUAGACAGGAAGCGGCAGCAGCGGCGACCCGGCGGCGGCGGCGGUGGCAAAGCAGCGGAACCUGAUGUGGAGCCGUCGUCGGCAGUAGCGGAGGCAGCAGCAGCAGCCGCAACAGCACCAGCAGCGGCGGCGGCGGCGACGGACAGUGAGUCUGAGCAGCGAAGUGCGGAAGUCGUGAAGAUGGAAGCAGAGACGGCGUGUCGAGUGGCGGCGCUUGUGCUUGGGGACGCCAUGCCCCGCUGGACCAGCUUCUCAUGCGAUUAUGAUGCCAACGACGGCGAUGACGGCGGCGGCAGCGGUGACGUGGCGGCGGCAUUCCUAUGUGCGACAACAGCGAACCAUCCACUUGCUGCAGCUGACGGCGGAGGUGGAGGUGGAGGUGGAGCUGGGAGCGACGGCGUGGCGUUGCCGCCACUCGCGUUGUCAGCAUCCGACCCGCCGGCGCAGGGCUUCACGAUACGGCCAUCACCGGGGCCGCCGCUGCCGCCGCCACCGUCGCAGACACCGCCGCCGGGCGGAGGGGAAACCGUCCAGGCAGAAUCGAACCCCAACACCCCAUGCACUUGCUACCCUGGCGAGCCUUUUGCGGGUGCGGCCGCAUGUCCGGGGGCGGCGGCUGUCCCGGUAGGUGGUGCCGCCAGGCUGGAGGCGGAACCGACGGAGGAGCCGAAAAGGUCUGCCGCGAUGUACGAGACGCUGACGCGGGCCCUUGUCGUGCUUCUGGUUGCCCUGGCUGCAGUACUGCUGACCAUUGGGCACUGGGUUGCCGUACGGUUCUGGGUCAAGGAUGUACGGGAUGGAGCAGCAACCCCUUGGUAUGAGCACUGUAAAGCUAUACCAGCGCUCUACGGAGCUGCUUUUGAUCUGAAGUCCAAAGCUCACUUGCCUUAUCCAAUUUCUGCAGCCGACCUCUACGUCUCUGCAAGGGCUUGGGCCAGAUUCUCUCCUAUGCCUACGCACAUCCCGAGAGGCGAUUAUGGACACAUCUGCCGUCGCAACGCCGAUGGGCAGAGCCACCCUGGGUCCGCUACAGCCACCCCCACGUCCUCCAACUGGCCGCUACGGCCCUCACCCUCCGAGGCCCGCGGCGGCCAGUUGCGUGCCGGUGCUACAUGCCGGGGUGGAGCCCGAGGCAACGGCCAUGGCCGCGGCUACAGCCGGGUCGGCCAUGGCCGCAGCUACAGCCCUGGCGGCGGCGUUACCGCCGCCGCCGCCGCAGCAGCAGCUGGGGAUUCCCGGCGUCACGAUGCGCUAAUGUCGCGCGUUCUUGCGGCCACCAAUUGGUACGAACUCCGUGCCGUACUGAUUACCGGCGGCGGCGGUGCUACCGACACUGCUGGGCUCGCUGCCAAUCCCGACGCCGUGCUGACGGUACUGCGCCGGCUAGCCGCCGUCACGGCGUACGACAUGCGGCCUCCGGAGUCGGCGGAUCUGGGAUCCUUCCUGGAGCGUUGGCUGGUGCAGCACUCGGGCGCUCUGCGGCUCAUGGGACCAACACAGCUGAGCUUGUGUUUGCACUCGCUGGCGAAGCUCGCACGGGGGGCCUUGCCAGCGCCGCCGCCGGUCUGGACGGCGGCUUGGUUUGCGGCAGCGCAGCCGUACCUGCUGCAGUACAGCUUCCGGCCCAAGGACCUCAGCUUAAGCCUGUGGGCGCUGAGCCGCCUACAGGUACGGCUGCCGCCGGCGGCGCUGCAGGUGCUGCUGGCGGCGGCGGAGCCGCACUUCCCGAGGUUCAACGGCCAGGACAUGUCGCUGGUGGCGCUGGCGCUGUCGACGCUGCAGGCGCGGAGUGGUAGCGGCGGCGGCGCCGCGGCGGCGGCGAUGGCGGCAGCACCAACCUCGCUGCAGCUGCUGCUGCCUAGCGCACUGUGGCAGCAGCACUUUCUGGAGCGUUGCGCGGCGGUACUGCCGGAGUGCGGGCCCCAGGCGCUCGCCAAUCUGCUUCAUGGCGUCGUACGGUCGGGCAUGGCGGUGCCGCGCUGGCUGCUGGGAGACGUGUGCGCUGCGCUGUACGGCAAGUUACCAGAAUGCAACCCACAGGCGCUCGCCAAUGUGCUGUCGGCGCUGGCGGCAGCCAGGUACCUUCCCGAGGACGAGGGCUGGGUGGAGCGGUUUCUGGCAGAGAGCGCGGCACGCAUGACGUACGGCAAUGCUAGCGGCCGGCUUGCCGCGGUCGAAGCGGCCACGGCUGGGAUCGGAGCCGCGGCCUCAAGGGCUUCAGGCGGCAGUGGCGGCGGCGACGGCGGCCAGGUCUGUAACCUGGAUGAUCUGACGCACAUCGCGGCGGCGGCGGCGCAACUGGCGCUGGCGCCGCCGCGAUGGUGGGUCGCGCGGCUGUAUGGCUCCAUAGAGCUGGCCCUGCCGCGUGCCAGCCCUCGCCAGAUCGCGCAGGCCCUGCAUGCGGUGGCGCAAUUGUACAGAUCUGGAGCCGCGGUGGCAGCGUCGCCGGCGCCGCAUCCGGCGGCGGAGCCGGCGGCCGCUGGCAGUGACGGCAGCGACCCGGCGGAGGGGGGUCUGGCGGCGGCCCCUUUGCCGCCGCCGCGCUCCCUGAUUGCCGCCUGGCACCGCGCCGCCGCGGUGGCGCUAUCGGGGUUCAAUGUCAUUGACGUGGCCCAUAGCCUAUGGGCGCUCGCCGCCUUGGGCGAGCGGCCGCCGCCAACGUGGCUGCAGCGCGUGCUGGUCACCUGCCGUAGCGGGCUUGCCGCCGCGCCACCAGGCGACUUGGCAGUGCUCGCCUGGUCGCUUUCGGCGCUGCGCUUUCGGCCAACGUGGUCGUACUUAGCGGACGUCGUAGACGCCAGCGAGCCUGCGCUGGCCGCCAUGACGGGGCAGGAUUAUGCCAUGUUGACGUCAGCGCUUGUUCGGCUGGGCUGCAGGCCGCGGCCGUCAUGGAGUGCCGUACUGCUGGAUGUGUUGUGGGGUAAGCUGGCGGAGCUGGAGGAUAGGUCGUUGUCGCAGACCGUUUGGGCGUUAUAUCGGUUGCGGGUGCAACCGCCGCCGGAGUGGCUGGAAGCGCUGGCGACGGAGCUGCAGCGUCGCUGGGAGCAUCGGCGGCGGCGGAGGCGGCCGUACCAGGCGGCAGAGGCGGCGGCGACGACGCUGACGGAUGCGAAAGUAGUAGUAAUAGGCGAAGAGUUGGGGUACAGUAGCGGUGGCGGCGGCGGAGAAGAGGUACGGCACAUAGUCGUACUGUUGUGGGUCAUGUCCAUGUGGGUUGGCGUGGAGCGGCGGCGGUUGCGCAUGGUUGGGGAGCUAAGGCCUAGAGCCCGUAGUGGACGCGUGCUGAACCCUGGUGUCGAUGUUGCUGGGGGUGGCGGCGGCGGCGGCGAUGGCGGUGUCGGUGCUGGCGGCGGCGGCAGGGUUGAAAACGCCAUCGGGCAGCAUCCACACGUGCACGUGCAUGUGCAGCCGCAGUCACUCGUGGCGUCAGGGGGUGACGCCGUCAGGGUGCCGGAAGUGCCGCCAUCUCCGUCAUCGACACCGCCUCGGCAACUGGGGCUGGGGGCUCAUCUUGCACUAACCGGGCGGCGGCGACAGUGGCGAUGGCGGCAACCAAGCUGUCGCGUUACGGCGCGCAUGCUGCGUAGGCGGCGGGCAGCAACGAUCAAGUCAGCGGGUAGUAACUUGGUUGGCGCCCUCGGCGGCGACGUCCGUGCCGCCGCCGGUUUCCGCCGUCGCAUCGCCGAGCAAGUGCUGGGCCCGGCCAUGGAUGCAACAGUGGCGGCGCUUGCUGCCGGGUGCGUCACAUCCCAAGAUGUGGCGCUGCUGCUGGCGGUGGUCCAGCGGCUGCCGUGCGCGUCGCGCUGCGCCGCGGCAACACGGCCAGCUUGGCGGCGGGCGUUACUGGCGGCAGUCGCGCGGCGAGUACACGACUUACCGCCGACGGGGUUCCUGAAGGUGCUCGGCGGCCUGGCGGCGCUCCGGCUGCCCCUGGAGCCGGAUGUGGCGACGGCAGUCGCCGCCGCCGCCAUGCCGCACCUAGCCGCGCCGCAUCUCCCUGCACUGCACAAGGUGGCCUUGCUGGACCGGCUGUUCCGCUUGAGGGUGGUGUCGCCGCCGCCGCUGCCGUCAGCGGGCUCGCCGUGGGGUCCCGUGCUGGUGUUUGGCCUACGUGCCCUGAGGUGUGUCAGCGAGUCAGCGGAGCCGCUGUUGCGGCUACAUGUUGAGAUCAUGAAGGGGCGGGUACGGCUGCGGAAGCUGGGGGCAUCCGACGGUAGCGGCAGCGGUGCCGCCAGCGCUCAGGCCGCCAUGGCAUUGCGACGGCUUGGUGCCGCGAGGGCGAGCGGCAUGGCGGCAGCGGCAGCUGGGAACAGCGACGCGGCGAGGCUAUUGGCGGCGGCGACGGCGGACGUGCGUGCGGCCGUGGCCGCCGCCGCCGCCGCAAGCGGUGGUGCUGUUGAUGUUCCUGUGGUGGCGGCGGCGACGGCAGGGCAGGAGGGCGACCACGACGACGACGACGGGGCUGACGGCGAGCAUCAGCGGCGGCGGCAGCGGCGGCGGCUCAGUCACCGAGUGCCGCCGAUUGGCGAGGAGCAGCGUGCGUGGAUCUGGCGGCGUGCUCGCCGUACAGUAGCGGCGUACAUGGCCGACAGAUCACCGGUCCUGGUCAUGCAGCUCGUCCAGAUCGUGGCGGAACAGAGCCGCCAACUUGACGGUGCUGCCGCCGCCGCCGCAGCAGGACCAGCGGCGGUGCUGCCGCCAGGGAACGUCCCGCCGCCAGCACCAACGCCGCCGCCGCCGCUGCCGCCAGGGCGGUCCCAUGUCCUCCUCAGCCAUCUCGGUGGUCUUGACGUACAGCCGCUGCCGCCGCCAUCACCCGCGCCGUAUUCAGAGCUGCUGGCCAUGCGCGAAUCCCUCUUGUGGCUGGCAACGGCCACCGGUCACUGGUGGAGUGCGAUGUUGCCCGUGCACAGGGGUCGGGCAGCGCGGGCAUGGCGGCGAGUGCUCGGGUCGUUACAGCGGUCCGAGGGCGGCCGUAACGGCUACAACGGCGACUGCAACGGCGGCGCCAGCAACGGCGUUGAAUUGGCGUUUCAGCUUCGGAUACGGCUUCCUCCUGCCGUGGCUGCGCGCCGGAGCCCAUCGGGCGUUGGGUAUCGGGGCAUAUGGAGCUGUAUGGCCGUAUGGGACGGGGGGUAUGAGAGCAGAGCAGUGGGUCGUUGGUACGGCACUGCAGAGGAAGGUAGGGGGCAGCUGGUGCGGGGGUGCGGCCCAGUGCCGUACAGCCUCGCCUGUGGAAUCCUGCGGGGUGACUGGCUGCACCGGGGCCGAGCCCUUUUCAGCUUCACUAUCCUAGCCUUGUCUUGCCACGGUGCCACCCCAGGACCACCCAGCACAUUCCUGGUGACCACAGUAUCCACAUUUCGCUGCACCGGAGUGCAGAGAGUCUACCUGUGCGAUUGCAAAUCAAGGGUAGUGCUGCCGGCCGCAUAA